UCGGACCGUGGGGACUGGGGGAAUCUAGGGUCGCGCCAUGGCCAGAGGCGAGGAGACGCUGGACCUGCCUGCUUGGAACCGAGCCCCGGAUCCGGCUUGGGGUCCCUCCCACAGAUCGGCGAUGGCUUCUCUUGAUUCUGAGGUGAAGGAAGAGUGUUUGAGGGAAGACCUGAAGUUCUACUUCAUGAGUCCCUGUGAGAAAUACCGAGCCAGACGCCAGAUCCCAUGGAAACUGGGCUUGCAGAUUUUGAAGAUAGUCAUGGUAACCACACAGCUUGUUUGGUUUGGCUUAAGUAACCAGUUGGUGGUGGCUUUCAAAGAAGAUAACACUGUUGCUUUUAAGCACUUGUUUUUGAAAGGAUUUUCUGGAGCUGAUGAAGACGACUACAGCUGUAGCAUAUACACUCAGGAGGACGCCUAUGAGAGCAUCUUUUUUGCUAUAAAGCAGUAUCAUCAUCUAAAGAACAUUUCCCUGGCAACCCUUGGUUAUGGAGAAAGUGGAGACAAUAAAACUGGCUUGAGAUUCUGUAAGCAGCAUUACAAGACACGGGCCAUGUUUUCUUCUAAUGAGACCCUGAACAUUGACAGUGACAUUGAGACAGACUGCAUUCACCUGGACCUCCAGGUGCUCACCAAGGAACCCGAGGACUGGGCACAGACAUCUUUCUUCAGGCUGGAUUUUUAUCGGCUCCUGAAAGUUGAUAUCUCCUUUGCCCUCAAAGGAAUUGACCUACAGGCAGUUCAUUCCCGAGAGGUACCGGACUGUUACCUCUUUCAGAAUACGAUUACCUUCGACAACACAGCCCACAGUGGGAAAAUCAAAAUCUAUUUUAACAGCGAGGCCAACAUAGAAGAAUGUAAAAACAUGAACAUAUCUGGGUCUAUUCAGAGAAGCACUCACUAUGUCCUGGUGUUUGACGUGUUUGUCAUUAUGAUCUGCCUGGCCUCCCUUAUCCUGUGCACAAGAUCGAUUGUUCUUGCUCUGAGGCUGAGGAAGAGAUUUCUAAACUUCUUCCUGGAGAAGUACAAGCAACAUGUAUGUGAUGCUGACCAGUGGGAGUUCGUCAACGGAUGGUAUGUGUUGGUCACUGUCAGCGACCUCAUGACAAUAAUUGGAUCCAUAUUGAAGAUGGAAAUCAAAGCCAAGAACCUCACAAACUACGACCUGUGCAGCAUCUUGCUCGGGACGUCGACACUCUUUGUCUGGGUUGGAGUCAUCAGAUAUCUGGGUUACUUUCAGACGUACAAUGUGCUCAUUUUAACCAUGCAGGCCUCACUGCCCAAAGUCCUGCGGUUCUGCGCUUGUGCUGGCAUGAUCUACCUGGGGUACACGUUCUGUGGCUGGAUUGUCCUAGGACCAUACCACGAGAAGUUUGAAAACCUGAACAUAGUUGCUGAAUGUCUGUUUUCUCUGGUCAACGGUGAUGACAUGUUUGCCACGUUUGCUCAGAUCCAGCAGAAGAGCAUCCUGGUGUGGCUGUUCAGCCGCCUCUACUUGUAUUCCUUUAUCAGCUUGUUCAUAUACAUGGUCCUCAGCCUCUUCAUUGCGCUCAUCACCGAUUCUUACCACACCAUUAAGACUGGGCCUGUGUGGUUGAUGUAUCACAGCUCCAAGGAUGUUCACCAAUCUUGGGAUCCAGUAUCUCCGUUGCAGAUGGAUGUGUUAGGAAAAUUACUUCAGGACAAGUGUCAAGGUGGUGUCCUUGGGUACUGCCUUCUCUGCUCAGCCCUUCUCAUACAAACCCAGAAGAAAGCUGCUCAGUGAGCAGUGUGUGAGGAUCAGAGUCAGGGUGUAUGAGCAGAGUUAGCCUUUGUAGCAAGGUGUGUGGGGACAGUAUUGCAGGCUCUUACCAUGGACAUUUGUUUCUUUGACAUGGUCAGAUAGAUUACCCUGAGUGUCCUUGUACGGGGCAAAUCUGAACAUUGGGAUGGAUACUUACUAAACAUGACUGGAUGCUCGGGGUGUUUUGUCUGUUAGAGAAAAUCUACCUCCUGUCCCACUCCGUGGUCAUCUUCCGUGUAAGCAGAGAAUGUGGAUUACACCCCUGAAAGAUUCUAGGUGGGCAGUGUGUGUGGAGUGACAACUGCUGGUCUCAUGAUUAACACUCUAGCUUUCUGGUUUCAAUGAUUUCUUUCAAUUCUUUUCAACACACUUCUCCUCCCUCUCCCCUGGCUUGUUUUCUGGAAUUUUCCCUUCCAUUGUUCUCAGUUCCCCUGCCCCCUCCCCCAACCCCCCCUUAGCUGUUCUGGGAUGGACAGAUUGUUCUGAGACUGACUGAUUCUGCAUUGUUCAUAGUACUCCUCAGAUCUGAACUAGCACCUCCGGAGUUGCAUAUCACAGAGGUGGGUUUGCUCUAUUGACAAAGGGAACCAUCGCUCACGCCCUAGAUGGGGUAACAACAGCAUUGUGUGCUUUUCCAAAAGAAAUACCAGCAGAAUGGAUUUCCUGAAACGGAUCUGCAGAAAUUCCUGAAGGAGAGCAGUAGCAAAGAUGUGUACCAGAAGGAGCCCUCGGCCUUGCUGUCCUGUGUGUGCUGUCU